UCUCCAGAAUUGUUAUCAUGUCAGUUUCAAGUGAUUUGAGGAACUUGUCUAUUUGUAAAAAACUUUCUGAAAAUGUGAAAGAAAGUUUGUGUGUUGGCCCCAACCAGUGCUGUUUGGCAGCUGUAGUGGACGACAAUAUCUUAGUGUGGAGUCAGGAGGACUGCUGCUUGUAUGCACAACAUUUACAGCAGCAGGAUUCAGUUCUGCAGACCCUGAGCUUGACCCGCCCCCCGCUGUGGUCGGUGCAGAGCAUCCAUGUGAACAAGCAAGGCACGGGUGUGCUGCUGGUGGGCAGGCGGGGCGUGGGGGUUGUGGACCUGCCACAGCGCUGGGGCAAACACCACACAUUUGAUGGCGGACGAGAGAACAUCACAUGCAGAACAGAAUACAUCGCUGAGCGCUUCCUGGUGUGCCACCAACGCAUUGAUGUGGUGGCCGCGUGCUGGCACCCUGGCUCCCCUAACGGCAACCACGUGGUCAUGCUAGCGUCUGAUCACUACCUCAGAGUAUACAGUCUGCGGGGCAGGGAUGUACCGGAGCAGGCGCUGGCGGUGUCUGUGCCACGUCCCGACAGCGUCUUCAGCAGUCACGCCGCGCCCGCCAAGUAUGGCAGCUCAGCUCUGGGCGAGGAGGCCGUAGACUUCACCAUUGGUGCGCCUGUUGUUACUGACGGCGUUAAGAAGUCCGGCGAUGUUGGAGAUUCGGAGAAGAAAGAUGACGCGGCAGACUUUCUGUGGCCGGUAUACGUGCUCUAUGCGAACGGGGACGUGUAUCACACGUACCUCAGCCUCCAUCACAAGCUGCGCAGUCGCACCGUCUCGGGUCCUCUAGUGCUGCUGCCGCCACGAGAAGACAACUACGCCCUGGAGUGGUGCAGCGUGUGCUGCGUGGGGGAGGGCGGCGUGGGCAGUGUGCUGGUGCUUGCCACUACAGGAGGCCGAGUCUUCCACUGCGUCGUUAUGCCGCCUAAAGACGAGCCCGACGUGCCGGUGACUUCAGGCAGUCAUGACGAACUCAAACUCACGCAGGGCUUGUCGCGCCUGUCAGUGAGCAGUCCCAGCGUGUCCCUGUACGUGUACGAGUGCGUGGACCUGCAGCUGUCCUUGUGUCCUGACCAGCUCCUGGCCCCACGUCCUCUCAUGCUCUGCACGCACGACUCCUUCACUAACAGAUACCUGGUGCUACACUCGGCUGGCGUGCACCUAGUGACGGUCUCCCUGGUGGACAGCAUGCGGCGCUUCGUCAUGUCUUCACACGCCGCCCCGGACGAUGAGCUGGGCGGUGAGUGCUGUGUGGAGCAUCUGGUGUGCACGCUGGCGCUGCCCUCCGCCGCCCUCGUGCCUGUCACCGCCUGCGCCGUGUGGUGCCCUGGCCCCUCUGCCCUCAGCCCCAGGGGUGUGGGCGGGUGCGAGGUGUUGGUGCUGCUGCUCACAGGCGCGCUGCUGUCCGUGCGGUUGCCUGCGCUGCUGCCUCUCCUGCCCCUGCCCCCGCUGCUCGCUGCUGUUGAGUCCAAGGCUCCAGGGCGCGGGUCCGUGGAGAGCCUCGAGACUGCGGUGCGGCGUUGCCUGCAACGCGGUUCCUCCCAGCCGCUGCUGGCCAGCAGCUCGGCCCGCCCCCUGGACCCCGUCGAGGCACUCGACCUCACCAACAAAACGCUGCACAAGCUCCGCGCCAACUACUUGGUGCCUCAGAACACUGCGGCCAACCUCAUCAACCAUAGAGUGCGCGUGCUCUUUGACCUGCAGAGAGCGUUGGUGUCGCAGCUGAACGAUCUGACGCAGGAGCUGCAGACGCUGCAGCAGAACACGGUGCGCCUCCAGAUUCUGCAGCAGGAAGCCAAGGACCGACAAGACAGCAUCUUCCGCAGACUAGACGCCGUGUGCGCGACGACGCUGCGUCGUCUGCCCGGUCUCUCGAGCGGCGAGCGGUGGAUGCUGAAGGAGCUGCAGUCCAUGCAGGAGCAGAUGCCUGAACUGCGCGAUGACCUCCAGCACCUGCACACUAAACUACAGUGGCAUGAGACCAUCGCACAGGUAGCAGGCGACCCAAUACUUCCAGCUAAACUAAACUCUGACUAA